AUGAAUUGCUGCUUGCCAACUGGACUAGGACCAAACCCAUCUCAAGAAGCCACCAAGCUAUUCAAAAUUCUCAAGCUUAUCAUCAUAAUUCAGAUCACUUUAGCUAUUUUUCAAUUCUUUGCAGACGUUUGGAAUGGGAUUAUGAUGCUUAUUGGAGCAUUAAUACUUUUUCUUGCAAUCAGAAAUUCUAAUUGAUGCUCAUGUGUGGUUUAUAUUGUAUUGACACUGAUGGACUUAUUUUCUAGCAUUAAUUUCUGUGGAGAAGUCUUAUUCACUAGCCAAUACUCAAUAACAGCAGAAUCUGGGUUUAUUUAUUUCUUUAUUUUAAUAAAGCUGCCUUUUUAUAUUGUCAGCUUAUAUUACACAUUUUUGUCAUAUAAAGAGCUCAAAGGUAAAUUUUAAAUAGCUUUAUUUUUAACCAGCCAAGGAGGAGGCCAAUCAUAUGAGCUGGAAUCAGGCUGAAAUUUCGCUCAAAAUUCCAAUAAUCAGAGAAACGAGCAACAAUUUUUUUCUGGACAAGGCUAUAGAUUAGGGUAA